AAGCGUUUGUUGCACAGCUGCAUUAUUAGUACUUCCAACAAAUAUGGCGGUGUAUUAGCGAAGUUGCGCCCUUAUUACUUUGUCACACCAGUGCAUAUGUUUCCUUUUAAUUUAUGAAUAAUAAAGGAUCUAAUAAGGUAAUGUGUUUGCCUAAUUUUGUGUUAUAAUUGUUAUCAGUGAAGUUAUUUUGCAGGGCUGGUGACGGCUAACGUCCAUCACCUAGUUAGCAUAGCCGGCUAGUAGCUAACGUUAUCUGUUUCUAGCCAAAGUGCGCCAGGGUUUGCUCUUAUUUUUCCAUCGCAUGUAACUAACUAGUAAGUUAAAGUUAAUUGAAUAUGUUAUUAUUUAAUCUCACUAUGUUCUCAUGUAUAUUUAGAAGAUGGCCUCAAAUAACGGAGACAGUGCUGGUGUGAGGACCAGUGUGGCAUCACAGUUUUUCAAUGAAGACGAGGAUACGGCUGUUGUCGAUAUGACCACAAGUGAAAAGGUAUCCCCGAACAACCCUUGAAAUGAUUUGGUCCAUAUUGGACUAAAAUCGCGUCAAAUUAUCUAUGUUUGAUAGUUCCAACAUAUGUACUUGCUUGUCUGUUCUCAACCCACAGGUUGUUGAUCUCCUGAACCAAGCAGCUCUUAUUGCUACAGACAGCAAACUCACAGUUCUCAAACAGGUUUGUGAUCAGCUCUCUGGCAGGCCAGAAUAAGGCCAUCAGUAAUAAGCUCCUCCAAGAGAUCAGAUAAGAAUGUUAGGACGGCUAUACAUUCUACACUUUUCUUCAGACCUGUAAUAUAUAUAAUAUUUAAAUAUCUGUUUUUUCAUCAUUCAGGUCCAGGAACUGAUCAUCAACAAGGACCCCUCUUUACUUGACAAUUUCUUAGAUGUAAGUAUGUCGUUUUAACUGUAUAUUGGUUACCACUAGCUGAGGAACGCUCAGCUCCAUUCUCUUGUAUCGAGGGUGGAGUUGAGUUUUGAUAACUGGUUGCACAAUUUGCUAGCAACAACAUUGAGUCACUAUCAGUCGAUACUUGUAAAUGUCAAUUCUGAAAACGCUUACUUGUACCUAUGUUUGUCUUGUAUAACUUUUAUGAAAUACCACUGACUUUUUCCUAAUUUGUGUUGCUCAACUGGAGACGUAGCGGCCAAGGCAUACUACGUAAGCUGAGAUUAAAUUGGGAAAGGGGGAUACCUAGUCAGUUGUACAACUGAAUGCAUUCAACUGAAAUGUGUCUUCCGCAUUUAACCCAACCCCUCUGAAUCAGAGAGGUGCGGGGGGCUGCCUUAAUCGACAUCCACGUCAUCGGCGCCCGGGAAACAGUGGGUUAAUUGCCUUGCUCAGGGGCAGAACAACAGAUUUUUACCUUGUCAGCUCAGGAAUUCGAUCCAGCAACCUUUCGGUUACUGGCUACCUGCCGCACAUGUGCAUUCGUGCUGAGUUGUGCAACACAAAUGAGGAGAAAGUCAUUGGUUGUAUUCAAUACGUUUUUAUUAAAAUUAUGAAUUUCAGCACCCUGCGGUCGGUUGUACAGGACAAACAUAGGUACAGGUAAGCUUUUUCAGAAUUGUAAUUAUUACAAGUAUUUACUGAUGGUGACGUAAUGUUGUUGCUAGCAAAUCGCGGGACCAACUCCGUCUUGAUAUAAUAUAACAAAGUUGAGCGUUCCUCAGCUAGGUUACCACCAGUUGGGUGGUGCGAGCCCUGAAUGUUGAUUGGCUGAAAGCCGUGAUAUAUCAGACUGUAUACCACGGGGAUGACAAAACCAUUUAUUUUUACUACUCUAAUUACAUUGAUAACCAGUUUAGAAUAGCAAUAAGGCACCUUGGGGUUUUGUGGUAUAUGGCCAAUAUACCAUGGCUAAGGGCUGUAUCCAGGCACUCCGUGUUGCUUCGUGCUUAAGAACAGCCUUGCCUUAGCCAUGGUAUAUUGGCCAUAUACCACACCCCCUCGGGCCUUAUUGCUUAAGUAUAAAAUGCUCUCUCUCUCAUUGUCACCCUGCACCUGUAGGAGAUCAUAGCCUUUCAGACUGAUAAGUCAAUGGAAGUAAGAAAGUUUGUCAUCGGCUUCAUUGAGGAAGCAUGGUAAGUGUUGAUCUGUCACGCACAUAUACCUGCUAUGAACAGUUAGAAUAUCAAGUUCACGAUAGUCAUGUUCAAUAAAUAUGAUGUUUUGACCUUGGGUUGUUUUUGUCUCAACAGUAAGAGGGACAACGAGCUCCUGCUAAAACUGAUUGCCAACCUGAACAUGCUGCUGAAGGACGAAAGUGUCAAUGUGGUGAAGAAGGCUAUCCUCACACUCACUCAGCUCUACAAAGUGGCGCUGCAGGUACACACACCUUCAUGAAUCAAUGCCUUCUCAUUGUUAUCCCAUUCAACCCAUGUGUGUUGCUGUGUGCUGUACUGAGGCUUGUUCUUUUCUAUGCCAGUGGUUUGUGCGUUCCAAGACCAUGUCAGACAUGCAGGAAGCAUGCUGGGACAUGGUGACUCAGAUGAAGGAGGAAGUUCUGGCUAUGCUGGAAGUGGACAAUGAUGGAGUCCGCACACACGCUAUCAAGUUCACAGAGUCUCUCAUCAUCACUCUUUCACCGAGGACGUCAGACUCUGACACUCCCAAGCGCCAAGAGGGAGACAUCAGCCUGGAUAAAAUCUCGAAAGACCAUGCCUAUAUCCGCUACGGUGAGAGGGGAUGAUUUUCUUUACUGUGACAUUUUAAAACUUUACAUACAUUUUCAGUUGAGUUUUCCCCGAUGUGUUGUGCAUGAAUAUAGCAUUGCUGUCUCUACAUGUCUUGAUGCACCUUACACAAUGUCUACAAUGUCUUCCUAAGAUACCCUGUGUGGGGAGGGCAAGUCUGCGCUGGAGCAGCUUCUGAAGUUCAUGGUCCACCCUGCUAUCUCCAGCAUCAACCUGACCACCGCACUGGGUUCCCUGGCCACACUGGCCCGACAGAGGCCUAUGUUUAUGUCUGAAGUGGUCCAGGCUUAUGAGACUCUGCAUGGUCAGUAUGGUACUACAGUGAGAUUAAACACAAGAUCACAAGCUUAUGUGUAUGAUACCUGAAGCAAGGUUUUUAAUCAAUGCCCUAGAAAAUGAUCUUGGUCUCCUAUUUUGAGUACUUAAUCUGAUUUUGAAUAAGUGGUGAACUGGCUGGAGGGGAAGUUCAGUAUAAUUAAAUCAUUUUUCACUUGUUUUUGUAGCCAACCUACCCCCAACGCUGGCCAAGUCUCAGGUAAGCAGUGUACGCAAGAAUCUGAAGUUACACCUGAUGGCAGUGCUCAAGCACCCCUGCAGCCUGGAGUUCCAGGGCCAAAUCAGCACUCUGCUCCUAGACCUGGGGAUGUCCCAGAAUGAAAUAACCCGCAACACACCAGCCCCACGUGAACCGCGCAAAAGGCCCCGCCAUGAGCCCUACACAGAGGGAAAAAAGCUCAAGAUUGGUUAGUUGUAAAGAUAUUGCACCGGUUACUAUUUAGACUGAUGACCUUUUUUGUAACACUUUUUUUAUUUUUUUAAAUAGAAGUACCUAGUUGACUCCCACACCCCUGAAUCAACCUGCGGUUCCAUAUCAUGCUAGAUCUCUAAUGUAAUGUGGUCUUACUUUCAGAGCCCGCUCUUAUAGAAGACGAUGAAGAUAAAGAAGAGCCGGCCGCCCCUUCCGUCCCAAAGCCUUCCUCUGUGCCAGUAGCACAGUCAGCCAUCCACCUCACGGCGGAGUUCCUUCGCCCCCUGCUCUCCCCAGAGAACGUGGCCAAUCUGGUAAGCUGCUGUGGUAGACUGAUUUCUUCUUCUUUUUUUUUACACCCGGAGGAUGUGAAGGCCAUUCUCAUGUUUGUGUUGCUUUUUCACAUACAGGUUCUAAUCAGCAUGGUGUACUUGCCUGAUGUCAUGCCAGCAUCCUUCCAGGCCACUUACACACCAGUGGAGUCUGCAGGAACAGAUGCCCAAAUCAAACACUUGGCCAGAAUGAUGGCCACUCAGAUGACAGCAGCUGGAGUUGGACCAGGUUAGAAAGAGAGGGAAGGGGCUAGAACAAGGAAAUAAAGAUAGCAAAAUGAGUGAGCACAAUGGGCCACCCAAUUCACAGAUUUCAAAGAUAGAAAUUCUGAUUUCUGAAAAUCUGUGUUCUCCAUUCUAAUAAAAGCUGCUUCAAACUAUCCCUUAGGACUGGAGCAGUGCAAAGCACGAGAUGAGAAAGCUGGGAAGGAGGAGGGCAUGGAUGAAGGCUUAGGGGAGUCCUCCAAAGACCUGCUCAUCAAGCGUAAAGUACCAGUUAUGGGUCAAGCCAUCUCUGUGGUUGGAGGAGGCUAUGGAGAGAAGAGCCAACCUGAAACGGGGGAAGCCCCCCAGGUCAAGAGGCUGCCUGAGCCCAUCCUCCCCUCCACACAGAUCAAGUGAGUCUGAAGCUGUACAACUAUCACACAUAAAAGCAAACCCGUACCCUACAGCUACCCUGCCAUUUAACCAUUCUGACUGUUUCGUUUGUGUGUUUUCAUCUAAUUUUUUUAGAACACCUGGUGCAGGUGGGAAGAGGAAAGUGUUCAGAUUGGCUGAUGUGAUCCAGCCGUUGACAGAUACCCAGCUUGAGAAGUUGACCAACAUGGCUGUCAAGCGUAUCCUGCACUCUGAAAAAGCUAUAGCACAGAGUGGGAUGGCCCAUGUGAGUUUCUCAAAACAUUGGACCUCUAGAGUAGAGAAAUAAAGGAAGGCAUCAAUUUCCAUAGGAACGAACAUCUAUAGGAAGAGACAAACAUCUUAUUUGAGUAUGUAACCAUAUGUCAAAUUUGAUUGGUCUCGUACACAUUUUGCGGAUGUUAUCAUGGGUGUAGCGAAAUGCUUAUGUUCCUAGCUCCAACAGUGCAGUAAUACCUAACAAUACACGCAAAUCCCCCAAAAUAAAAAGAAACAAAUGAAGAAAUAUAGAAAUAUUAGACCGAGCGAUGUCAGAGUCCAGAAUAUAAAUAAAGAUGUACUCUUCCUGGCAGGUGCGUGUGAAGCUCCUGUCCAGACUUGUGACCCAGUUUGAGGGGGUGAUGAAGGAUGAUGUGCUGGAGUUCAUUCUGGAGGACAUUAGGACCAGGAGCGACCUGGCCUUCUCUCUUCUCUACCAGGAGUACAACACAUACCUCAGUCAGCAGCCCACUGGCUUGUUGGACAGCUACGACCACUGCCUCUUCACUCUACUGUCUGGCCUGCAGGAGAAGCCCGAGCAGAGGGAUGGGUGAGGACCAUUACAUUGUUCUUCUGUGGACACCAGAUAAAGGGCUCCGCAGUCGAAUGUCAAUUAUCUAACCCACUUUUCUAUCAAUUUCUAUCUCUUCUCCUAGGCUUUUCACAAAGAUUGUGCUGGAGGCUCCGUUAAUUACAGAAUCUGCUUUGGAAGUAAUACGACGGUACUGUGAAGAUGAGGUAAUGAUAUUUGAUUGUCUUUAAACUUUAGCAAAUAAUUAAAAUGACGUACUGGCUUUGUCAUCAUGACAAUGUAGUGAUUUUCUUUCUGGUUGAAUGUGUUUCAGUCGCGGGUGUACCUCGGCAUGACUACUCUGAAAGAGCUGAUUGUAAAACGGCCCUCAAGGCAGUUCCAGUACCUCCAUGUGCUUCUGGAUCUCAGCUCACAUGAAAAGGAGAAGGUAUCAUAGGAGAAUGAACAAAACUCAGUCUCUGUUGCUGCUGGCUUGUGUUUUUCUUUAGUUAACUGUGUGUUUUCUGUCCAGGUGCGCUCCAAUGCUCUGUCCUUCAUAAAGCGGAUGUAUGAGAAAGACCAGCUGAGGGACUAUAUUGAGAAGUUUGCCCUGAACUACAUGCAGCUCCUCGUACACCCUAACCCUCCGUCAUUACUCUUUGGGGCUGACAAGGACACAGGUGUGACUUCCAGUUUCACUUAGGCUUUUAUACACACACCACAAUGUCUCUCUCUUCCCCACUGACCUAACCAUGUCUGACUGUUUGUCCCUCUCACUCCCACAGAGGUGGCCUCCCCCUGGACCGAGGACACAGUGAGGCAGUGCCUGUACCUCUACCUGUCCCUUCUGCCUCUCAACCACCGCCUGGUUCAUGAGCUGGCCUCUGUCUACACUGAAGCCAUUGCUGACAUCAAGCGCAGUGUGCUUCGAGUGAUAGAGCAGCCAGUAAGCCCCUUCUUCUUACCCGCUCUCUUUAGUUUUGUCUAAUUGCUUUUUCUCUCCCUGCACCAGUCUUUGGUCUUCUGUGCCGUUUGGCUUGCUUGUCCACCAGUGUGUGUUCAUGAGUUUUCUCCCUGCCCAAUAGAUCCGUGGAAUGGGGAUGAAGUCUCCAGAGCUUCUGCUGUUGGUUGAAAACUGUCCUAAAGGAGCAGAGACUCUGGUCACUCGCUGCCUGCACAUUCUCACUGAUAAAGGUAAAGUGUAUUUCACUCCACUGCCCAGCUUAUUCGCAGAUGGUCUGUGUGCUUGGCAAAAGGGAGAUGAAAUGGUAGUGUCAGCUUCUACUUGGACUCUUAUUGUCUUUCCUUACAGUGCCUCCGUCACCAGAGUUGGUGGAGAGAGUGAGGGACCUGUAUCACAAACGAGUGCCCGACGUUCGUUUCCUAAUCCCUGUCAUCAAUGGCCUGGAAAAGGUAAGGACUCAAAGAAACGAUGGUGCCAUUCACAAAGCGGCUACAAUAGGGAGAUAACUGGCAUUAAAACAACAGGAUCAGUGUUACAUUGAUCAAAUUAAAUGUCAUUGGUCACAUGCACCGAAUACAACAGGUGUAGACUUUGCAGUGAAAUGCUUACUUACGAGCCCAUUCCCAACAAUGCAGAAUUAAAAAGUAAGACAAAUAUUUGCUAAAUAAAAAAGGAAAUGGUAAGAAUAGAAACCAUAGCAUGUAGCUCAGUUGGUAGAGCAUGGCGCUUGCAACGCCAGGGUUGUGGGUUCAUUUCCCACGGGGGGCCAGUAUGAAAAAUGUAUGCACUCACUAACUGUAAGUCGCUCUGGAUAAGAGCGUCUGCUAAAUGACUUAAAUGUAAAAAUGUAAAUAACAAGGCUAUAUACAAGGAGCACCAGUACAGAGUCAAUGUGCUGGGGUAUGAGGUAGAGGUAAUUGAGGUAACACAGUAUGCACAUAUGGGUAGGGGUAAAAGUGACUAGGCAAUCAGGAUAUAUAAUAAAUAGAGUUCUCCCUGAUUCUGCUGUGUUUCUGUGUACAGAAAGAGGUGACCCAGGCUCUUCCCAAGCUUAUCAAGCUCAACCCCAUUGUGGUGAAGGAAGUCUUCAAUCGUCUCCUGGGCACCCAGCAUAGUAAGAUCCCUUCACAUCUUCCAGUGAUUGCUGUCCACACUUGUAUGUCACAAGUGUGAAUGAUGUGUAAUAACACUGUCAUCUCUCGUUACUAGGUGAGGGCAGUUCCUCAAUGUCUCCUCUCACCCCUGGUGAGCUUCUCAUUUCUUUACACAAUGUUGACUCAACAAAGUGUGACAUGAAGUCCAUCAUAAAAGGUAAGUUGUCUUCUACCUGACAACCGUUCAGUUUCGUUUUCUCUGAUACACUAUUAUGAGAUUUUUCUGUUGGAACAUUUCUGAGCUAAUCAAAGUGUAUUAUUUGUGUGUCCAUGUCUGCAGCCACCAACCUGUGUUUUGGAGAGAAGAAUGUGUACACGUCGGAGGUCCUGGCCGUGGUGAUGCAGCAGCUGAUGGAGCAGAGUCCUCUCCCCAUUCUGCUAAUGAGAACAGUUAUCCAGUCCCUCAGCAUGUACCCCCGCCUGGGCGGCUUCGUCAUGAACAUCCUGUCCCGACUCAUUGUCAAGCAGGUCUGUAAACUAGGAGUUUUUCUCCUACACUAACACAUUGAGUAUUCAGUUAAGGCAACAUUUAGACAUAGACUUGAUUGGAUGACUUUGCUGUUUAAGAGCACAGUAUGCCGGUAACCUGCUAUAUGUAAUAUUUAUAUAUGUCCCUGUUUGUUGUGCAGGUGUGGAAGUAUCCUAAGGUGUGGGAGGGCUUUGUGAAGUGCUGCCAGAGGACCAAGCCGCAGUCCUACAGCGUGCUGCUGCAGCUCCCACCAGCUCAGCUUACCAGUGUGUUUGAGCGCUGCCCGGAGAUGAGGGAACCUCUUCUACAGCACGUCCACUCUUUCACCCCUCACCAGGUAGCUAGCUAACGUCAUCUCUCUUUCUUUUAGUGGUAGACAUUCUAAACUCAUACCAAUGAAAUGCAGCUGUGAUAUGAAGUCUCUCUAUUUCUCAGUCUAAACGUUCUCUGGUUGUUGUUACAGCAAGCCCACAUCCCCGCCUCCAUCAUGACAGUCCUGGAGGCGAACAGCAAACAGCCAGAACCAGAGGCCAUGCAGCCUGUAGUAUUGGAGAGACAGGUAAUGGGCACAGACAACCACUGAUGGCUAUGUGUCUGUCACUAACUAUUGUCAUGUCUAAACCUUGAAUGUAAUGCUGUCCUUCUUAAUUACUUUCCCUAUUUUUUUCUCCCCUCUACACCACCCUUCUCUUUCACUACAUACAGGUUGAGACACCCGUUGCAACUAUCGCACCUGUUUCAACCAUUGCACCCGUUGUAACCUUCGCACCUGUUGCAACCAUCGCAACCCCUCCAGUACUGGCAGAACCUAUUCCAGUGCAGCUGAGAGAUCCAGAGCCAGCAGUCCAGCAGCAUCUGCCAAAUACAAAAGAGGAAGAGGAGCCCAUGGAGGAAGGAGAGACAGCCCCCGCUAGUCAAGAGGAAACUGCAGACACCGCUUUGCAGGUACGUCGAAACUCUAUUGUCAUUAUUUUGUCGCUGUUACAGCAGUUGGUUGUAUUUAUGUGGAAAGUUUUGAAAAGGUGUACAUUUUAUGACACAACUGGUGUCUUGGUAUAUUACAUAUAGCUAGUGUGUGUUUAUAAUAUAACUCAAAUCAAUUAUGUUUCUACCAGGUGGAUUUGCCAGUAGUGGAAGAAAACCCCACUCCGGAUCCUGUAGAGACCGUGGAGGAACCAAUGGAGGAGGCACCUACUGAAACUUCAGAUGUCACUGACCAAUUAAAAGAUGUCACCGAAGACGGUACCACAGAAUCUGAGGCUGGCACAGGAGAUGCAGAAUGAUGUUUCAUCUGAGGAAGGGCAUAAAGGAGAAUAUUAUGAGCCGAGGGUGAACUGUUGCGACUUCACCUCUGUAUUUGUACUGGCUCUUACCCUUAUGAACCUCUUGAAAGUAACCAUUCUUGGUCAUCCAAAAAUAUCUGUUAUGUGUCCUCCGUUUUGUAUUUGUCGAAAUAGCGAAAUGCACUGGGGAAAUCUAGUCAGGAAAAAUAUUUACUACAAUUUAUUUUACUUUUGAAAGUCCUUAAUAAAAAAUGUCUUUGUCAUGAGAAUAAAAUAAAAC